AUGGGAAGGCCUAAGCAAAUUAAGGAUAUCAAGCAGUUCCUUGAGAUUGCCCGCAGAAAGGACGCCCAGUCCGCCCGCAUCAAGAAGAAUGCCGAAUCUGUCAAGUUCAAGGUCAGAUGCUCGCGUUACUUGUACACUCUUGUCGUCAGCGACAAGCAGAAGGCUAACAAGUUGAGACAGUCCCUCCCUCCUGCUCUUACUGUCAACGAGAUCAAAUAA